AUGGAGCUAGAUGAUAGAAUCCUCAAGGCAAUUUCACAAUUGGCUUGGUCACACCCGACAUUAAUUCAAGAAACAGCAAUUCCUUUACUUUUAGAAGGAAAAGAUGUCCUUAUUCGUGCUCGAACAGGCUCCGGAAAGACGGCAGCUUUCGCAAUACCUGCCAUUCAAAAGAUAUUAAAUUUAAAAAAUACAAGCACUUCUCAAAAUACGCGUGUGAUGAUUUUGUCUCCUAGUAAGGAAUUAUGUGGACAAAUAGCAUCAGUAAUUGGAGAUUUGACACUGAAAUGUGCAAGAGAAGUUCGCUGUAUAGAUAUUUCCUCAAGUUCAGAUAUCCAAAUACAGAAAACGCUUCUGUCGGAAAAACCAGACAUAGUUGUGGCUACACCAUCUAAAGCAUUGGCACAUUUAAAAGCAAACAGUAUGAGUGUGAAAAAGGAUUUAGCUAUGCUUGUGGUGGAUGAAGCAGAUUUGGUUUUCUCAUUUGGUUAUGAAGAGGAAAUCAAAGAGUUGUUAAGUUUCCUGCCAAAAAUCUUCCAAGCAGUCCUUGCUUCAGCCACACUAUCAGAAGAUGUGCUUAGCUUAAAGAAGAUAGUUCUCAGGAAUCCGGUAACACUAAAACUGGAAGAGCCUGAGCUGGCACCCACAUCACAGCUUCAACACUAUCAUUUAUUUGCUGAAGAAGAUGACAAGGCAGCCAUAUUGUAUGCACUACUCAAACUAAACUUGAUUAGGGGGAAGAGUAUCAUCUUUGUCAGAACUGUUGAUAGAUGUUACAAGUUAAAGCUCUAUUUGGAACAAUUUAAAAUUGGAUCCUGUGUGCUUAACUCAGAGCUACCUGCAGCAGUGAGGUGUCUAUCAGUGGAUCAGUUUAACAGGGGUCGCUAUCAAAUAAUAGUUGCAUCAGAUGAAAAAGCUCUGGAAAUGCCUGAUGGAGGUUUACUAGCAGCUGAUGAAUGGGGAAAGAAAAGAAAGCAAAAGUCGAAACGGAAGAAAGACAAGGAGUCGGGAGUGUCGCGUGGUAUCGACUUCCAGCAUGUGUCCAAUGUUAUUAACUUCGAUUUCCCUCUGGACGUGAACUCGUACGUCCACCGGGCAGGCCGCACCGCCAGGGGCAACAACCAGGGAUCUGUGCUGUCAUUUGUAUCACUGCGGGAAAAACCGCUCAUGGAUGCAGUGGAAGAGCAUUUAAGUAAAGGUUUUAAUGGAGAAAAAGUCUUACAGCGGUACGAGUUUGCACUGGAGGAGGUUGAGGGAUUCCGCUACCGGUCUAGGGACGCCUGGCGCGCUGUCACUCGCAUAGCUGUUAGAGAGGCGCGCCUCAAGGAGAUCAAGCAGGAACUGCUGAACUGCAAGAAGCUACAGGGCUACUUCGAGGAGAACCCUUCCGACCUGGCGGCGUUACGGCGCGACAAGGCGCUCCACACGGUCCGCCUGCAGCCGCAGCUAGCGCACGUGCCGGAGUACCUGUUGCCGGCGGCGCUUCGCCCCGACGCACCGGAGCCCGACGCCGAGCAGCCCACAGAGCCCGCCAAAGCGCCCGCCAAAAGGAAACCGAAAAAGCCGGCCUUUGGCAGCGUCAAACGUCGCAAGUAUCAGGCACGCCAAAGCAAUCCACUGCAAAGCUUCACGCUGAAGAACCUGAAGAAGACGACACCUGCCGGCGAUACU